GCCGUUGGCAAUCCCGCGUGAGUGGGUUGAGGAGACUACUUCCCAGGUGAAAAACGCGAUGCUUGGAGGUUGGCUGACUUGACGUCUUCCCCAUGGGCAAACGCGGGAGCCGGAGCCGGAGCCGGAGCCGGAGCCGGAGCCGGAGCCGGAGCCGGAGCCAGCUGCUCAACUCCCUAACUAAAAAGCAGAAGAAGCAUCUAAGGGAUUUCGGCAAGGAGCAUCCUUUCUAUGACAGGGUUUCCAGAAAGGAAGCAAAAGCACAGACUUGUCAACUGGAUGUUUCCAAGGAAGAUGAGGAGGAGGAAGAGGAAGAAGAGAGUGUUCUAGAUGAGACAGAAAUGAAUCUUGAAGAUGGCGAUAGGGACAUCGUUGUGGAGGAAGAGAUGGCGGUAGAGUCUACUGACAUGCAGAAGAGCCUGGGCUGUGGAGACGGGAAGUACCAGGAAGGGGUGGACGACCCCGACCCCGCUAAAUGGAAGGCCCACCUCCGCUGUGCGCUCAACAAGAGCAGGGAAUUCAACCUGAUGUACGACGGCACCAAGGAGGUGCCCGUGAACCCAGUGAAGAUAUAUCAAGUGUGUGACAUCCCCCAGCCCCAGGGCUCUGUCAUUAACCCAGGAUCCACUGGAUCUGCUCCUUGGGCUGAGAAAGAUAAUCAUGUGGAUGAAGAAGAUGAGGAAGAUGAGCUGGACCAGUCCCAGCACCACGUUCCCAUCCAGGACGCCUUCCCCUUCCUGAACAUCCAUGCUAAUAUUGUGUGUCCUUACGUUAUGGGCCACCUUGGAUCCUUUAUGGAAACGUGAACAUAUAUUAAAAAUAAAAAAGUAAAAUGUGGCC